CGCCAUUCUGAUGUUCUAACAUGGCAACGUGGUCACAACGGCGCGGCCUCGUUGCGGCCUCGACGUUUCCACCUCAAUAGUAUCACGAAAUGACGGACGCAUAGCGUCCAGAGAAUCCAGAGUGAUAGAAAUCUGUGCAACGCGAUUUAAUAUCGCCGUAUUGCAAUUUUUUCUUAAAAGAAAAAUUGUUUUUUUUAUAGUGGAAGUUACGCUUCGAUUGUCAUAGGCCGCAAUUUACAUUCUGCAUCGUGUCCAUCUUCAUGUCACAUUUUUGCUGAUCACCAGAGAGUUAUCCGUUAUUUCAGUUGAGCAGCGAAGCAAAAUGACAAGAAUUCGAAGAAUUUGUUGCAUCGGAGCCGGUUACGUGGGUGGCCCUACAUGUAGCGUUAUUGCGUUGAAAUGCCCGGAAAUUCAAGUGACCGUUGUUGAUAAGAGCAAGGAGAGGAUAGCGCAAUGGAAUUCACAGAAAUUGCCGAUAUAUGAGCCAGGCCUGGAUGAAGUGGUACGAAAAUGUCGCGGAAAAAAUUUAUUCUUUUCCACCGAUAUUGAAACAGCGAUCAAAGAGGCCGAUCUGAUAUUUAUUUCGGUGAACACGCCGACGAAGACCUUUGGCAACGGCAAAGGAAGAGCUGCGGACUUGAAAUAUGUGGAAAGUGCUGCUAGAAUGAUCGCGGAAGUUGCAACGGGAGAUAAAAUUGUCGUGGAAAAAAGUACCGUACCGGUAAGAGCGGCCGAGAGUAUCAUGAACAUCCUCCGCGCUAAUCACAAACCAGGUGUUUCCUAUCAGAUUCUUUCAAAUCCGGAAUUUUUAGCCGAAGGAACUGCUAUAGAAGAUUUGGUAAACGCGGAUCGAGUGUUGAUUGGCGGAGAAAAUUCGCCAGAAGGACAGGCAGCCAUCGAGGAACUUUGUAAAGUUUACGAACACUGGAUUCCGAGAGAAAAUAUUUUAACAACCAAUACUUGGAGCUCAGAACUGUCGAAGCUGGCUGCGAAUGCUUUUCUCGCUCAACGUAUUUCUAGCAUAAAUUCAUUGUCAGCAGUGUGCGAAGCUACGGGUGCAGACGUAUCUGAGGUCGCUCGAGCAAUCGGACUUGAUUCUCGAAUCGGUUCCAAGUUCCUUCACGCAUCAGUCGGUUUCGGUGGUUCCUGUUUUCAAAAGGACAUUCUAAAUUUAGUAUACAUUUGCGAGUGUUUAAAUUUGCCAGAGGUGGCGGCGUAUUGGCAACAAGUGAUUGAUAUGAACGAAUAUCAGAAGUCAAGAUUUUCUGCGAAAGUCAUAGAAUCUCUUUUUAAUACCGUGACGGAUAAGAGGAUUGCUAUGCUGGGUUUUGCCUUCAAGAAAAAUACAGGAGAUACGCGUGAAUCACCAGCAAUUCAUGUUGCCAAGACGUUGUUGGACGAAGGUGCUGUUCUUCACAUUUACGAUCCCAAGGUUGAAGAAACUCAGAUUAUUCAAGAUUUGACUCAUCCGAGUGUAACGAGCAAUCCUGAAGACAUAAAAAAUCGAAUCAGUAUUUAUAAAGAUGCUUAUAGUGCCACGAAGAAUACACACGCGAUAGUUUUAUGCACAGAAUGGGACGAAUUUAUAGAACUUGAUUAUACACAGAUUUAUGCAGAUAUGAUGAAGCCAGCAUAUAUUUUCGACGGAAGGAAGAUUUUAAAUCAUGAUCGAUUGCAAAGGAUUGGUUUUGUUGUUCAAACUAUUGGUAAAAAACUUACGAGAUCCGCAAUUUCGAGAGCAUGGGGUAGUCAAACGCAAGUUUAAAAAAGAAUGGACCAAACUAUAAGCUUCCAAUUUGAUAAAAUACAUAUAACACAUCAACAAUUAUUGUAAGAAUUUUGUUAAGUCAAUCUAAACAUAUAUAUGCAUUUGUGAAAGCAGAAAUUUUAUUAUUUUAAGUAGAUACGUUCAUCUCCUAUUAGACGUAUCAAUACAGACUGCGCAUCGUAAUUUAGAUAAUGAAGUACAGGUUACAUGCGAUAUUUAUUUCAUUUUAAACUCAUAUUUUUUAGAACUGAUGAAUUUAUAAAAAAAAAAAAAGAUUUGAAUAUAGAAAUUUGAUAGAUUUCAUAGUUGGCAUCUAGGUGAAAGGAUUCACUCUUAUAAUUAUGGAGGCAUAUUGAAAAUUGAGACUGGCCAAUUGCUUGAUGACAACUAGGAUUGAGAUGUGUUAUUUGUAACGUCAAUAUCUUUAUCGUUACUUUUUUUUAAUAAUGAUUAUUUUCUUUGUCUGUGACAUUCUGUGACAGAUAAUGUCAUUAAAUUUUUUUAUAGUAAUAACGAAUCUUAUUGUUACUUUUUAUUAUUUUGUAAAUAUAUGUUUAUGAACCAUAUGUUGUGAUUAAGCAAAACCAUUACAGAUUUCGUAUUUAAAUUGGUUAAAUAGCAUGGACAUAAAUAAUUAAAUGUGAUUCGUGAAAAAGUAACAAAAAAUGUAACGAAUAGUUACUUUCUAAGUAAUGAUAACUUUUAUAAAGUAAUGCUCUCAAUCUUGAUAACAACUAAUGAAAAUGGAAGGUUAUUAAAUAGUUAUAAGUCAAUUAUAUUUGCGUCAUCGAAUAGAUUGCAAGUUUUGUCAAGUUUUGUAAUUGAAGUUAACACUUUAGUAAUAAGUUCUAUAAUGCGUAUAAGUAAGGCGAUAUUUGUCGCAAGAAUAAUGAAAUUAUUUAUCUCAGUGCUGCCAGAAUCUCUUCUUUUAACAAUUUUUAAUUUUUAGUCAAAAUUAAGUAUUUGAGUGGAAAAAAUUCUAACGAGAAUCUUAAAGCACUCGAAGAGUUUCAUUAUGUUUAUACUGCAAUUUCUUUAAACAUAAAAUGUUAAAAUUAGUUUCAAAAUUAAUUUUUAACUCUAAAAUAGACAAUUCGACCGUCUAAUGCAAUAUCGCUUAAAAAUACUAUGAAAUCUGUCGAAUUUUUAUUCCAUAAUUAUUUACUUAGACAUACUGUUUAUUAAAUGAAAAAUACGUGUGCAAUGUUAAAUCUCAGUAAAAUGAUCAAUUUAAAGUGCUAUGAACGUUACAUACCUCUAUUUUUUCUAUUAUAAUUAUUUCAAAAAUUUUAAUGACAUUAAAUAUAAUAAUAACAUAUUCCAUAUAUAUUAUUAUAAUGGGUAUUUAUAUAUUUACUUUAGACAUUUACUUUAUUAUUAUUAUCAUUAUGAGAUUGGAUUUGUCACAUUUACAUUAAGUAAUUAUUGCUAACUUUUUUAUAUCCAUAAAUGUUCAUUUUAAUAUUUUGUUUUAAAUUUUAUUCAAUUGAUGUGCUUUAAUUUCUUUAUAUAUUCAACAUACUGAAUCUGUUCCAGCUUUUUAUUUCUGUAUUAUCUUUAUUAUUUGAGAUUAUUUACCGCGAGAAAUAUAUUUUAUGACAAUCAAAUUUGCAAUAUAUUUUUGGAAUAUCAGUGAGCAUACAUUCAAACAUAUUUUACUCUAUAAAUUUACGAAGUAACUUAAUAUAUGUAUAUUUCCAAAAUUCAUUAUUAAAAGUAUUUCGAACAAAGUUUAGAAAGAAUUUAUAUUUGUUAAUUUAUUAAAUUUAUUUACAGUAUUAUAUAUCAAUUUAAUGUUAAGUUUAAUGUUUUUUUGAGUCGGACAUAUAUGAAGUGAAUCAAGUAUUUUUAAUAUUACUGGGAGUAAUAUUAUUUAUAAGUGUCAUAAUGAUAACACAUUGUAUGCUAUUUGAAGUUAAAACAUUAUUUUAUAAUUUAUAAAUAUAUUAUAUUGUAAUAAUCUAAAGUUACUGUUUUUACAAAGUUCCAAUGUUGUUUUCAACAUACAUUCAGACUUAUACAUAUGUAAAUUACAACCAAUUGUGAAGCGCAUAUAUUGUGCAUAGUUUCUAAGUACAUAUCACAAAAAUUUAUAAAUAAAUAUUUAUAUCAAAA